GUUUCUUUCUAUCUCUUGCUGGAGUUGUUUAUAUUUAUUGCUCUGUGGCUCUUUGAGCUUAAAUGAUGACCGGCUUGUGUUCAUGGCGUCAGCGUUAGAUCGCUGUCCUGAUUCUCAACACAACGUCGAACAGGGAGGGGAGGAUGAAGCGGCGCAAUGCGGACUGCAGCAAACUCCGUCGCCCGUUAAAGCGGAGUCGCAUCGCCGAGGGAAUUCACGGCAGCACCUUCCUGUACCUGAAGUUCCUGCUGGUCUGGGCCCUGGUGCUGCUGGCAGACUUCGUCCUGGAGUUUCGCUUCGAGUACUUGUGGCCUUUCUGGCUCUUUAUCAGGAGUGUGUAUGACUCCUUCAGGUACCAGGGACUGGCAUUCUCGGUGUUUUUCGUUUGCGUCACGUUCACGUCAGACGUCAUAUGCCUGCUGUUCAUCCCUAUGCAGUGGCUGUUUUUUGCCGCCAGCACUUACGUUUGGGUUCAAUAUGUAUGGCACACUGAGCGAGGUGUGUGUCUGCCCACGGUCUCGCUGUGGAUUCUCUUCGUCUAUAUCGAAGCCGCCAUCCGAUUCAAAGACCUGAAAAACUUCCACGUGGGUCUGUGCCGUCCAUUUGCCGCUCACUGCAUCGGCUACCCGGUGGUGACGCUGGGCUUCGGCUUUAAGAGCUACGUGAGCUAUAAGAUGCGCUUGCGGAAGCAGAAGGAGGUGCAGAAGGAGAACGAGUUCUACAUGCAGCUCCUGCAGCAGGCUCUGCCUCUAGAACAGCAGAUGCUACAGAGGCAGGAGCACGAGGCCGAGGAAGGAGCCUCUAAGUCCGUCUUGGAAGCAGAUCCGACGCUUUUGGCUCAGAACGGCACCAAGAAGCUGCCCAUCUCUUUCCCCGAGCUGGAACAGCGGGCCAAAAAACAGAACCAGCACAGCGUAGGAAUAAACAACAACAUCCUACACACUGUGGAGUCGAAGCUGCAGGACAUUGAGUACAUGGAGAACUAUCUGAGCAGCAAGAGACUGAACAACGAGAUGAACGGCUGUGCGGAGGACGUGUGUGGCACAGAUGCAAACUCCGCCUCCUCCUCCUCCUCCAGAUAUUACAAAAAUUCCUCCCCACGCAGCCACAGCUCCACCAAUGGCAGUGUGCCAUCCUCGUCCAACAGGAGCGAGAGGAAGCAGAAGGGCGUCGGGAAGAACGCCCACCGCGAGCUGAUGGAGAACUGUAUACCCAACAACCAGCUCAGUAAACCAGACGCUUUGGUGCGUCUGGAGCAGGACGUUAAGAAGCUGAAGGCGGAUCUGCAGGCGAGUCGCCAGCUGGAGCAGGAGCUGCGGUCUCAGAUCAGCUCUCUGAACAGCACCGAGAGGAACGCUCGCUCCGAGCUCAGCCAGCUCCGCCACGAGAACGAGCUGCUUCAGAACAAGCUCCAUAACGCAGUGCAGUGCAAGCAGAAGGACAAGCAGACCAUCACUCAGCUGGAGAAGCGGCUGAAGUCCGAGCAAGACGCACGGUCAGCGGCUGAGAAACAGCUGAACGAGGAGAAAAAGAGGAAAAAGGUGGAGGAGGCGACGGCUGCCCGGGCCGUCGCCCUCGCCGCAGCAUCCAGGGGGGAGUGCACAGACUCCCUGAGGAGUCGAAUUCGAGAGCUGGAAUCCGAAUGUAAGAAGCUCUCCCACGACCUAAAGUUUAAAGAAGAGCAGCUCAGAGAUCUGGAGGGCAAAGUGCAGGAAUUGCGCAAAUACAAAGAGAACGAGAAGGACACAGAGGUUCUCAUGUCGGCACUCUCAGCCAUGCAGGAUAAAACACAGCACCUGGAGAACAGCCUGAGUGCCGAGACCAGGAUCAAGCUGGAUCUCUUCUCAGCACUAGGAGAUGCCAAAAGGCAGCUCGAGAUCGCACAAGGUCACAUCUUGCAAAAGGAUCAGGAAAUCAAGGAGCUGAAGCAAAAGAUAGCCGAGGUCAUGGCCGUCAUGCCCAGCAUUGCAUAUUCGUCUGACUCCAACAGCAUGCCUCCUAUUUCACCUCACUACUCCUCAAAGUUUAUGGACACGAGUCCGUCCAGUCUGGACCCCAAUGCGUCCGUCUACCAGCCGCUUAAAUAAUGACCCCAUGUGUUGUUUUUUUUUUUUUUUCCUUUCUUUUUUCUGAAUUGACCAGGAUCAGUAUGCAUACCUUCUUAAGUGUUGUUUUUUUUUUUUUUUUUUUUUUUUUUUUUAAAUUCCUGUGUCCUUUCAUUAAUCUGUAAAAUGUGGUGUUUAUUUAAACAACAGGAGAAAAAGCUUUGUUUGGAUUUUAUGAUCGUUCGUUAUGGUGCAUCGGUCUACUUUUUAAUGCACAGAGGUUUGCCUGUCUGUCUGCAUUUUUGCAAGCAAGAGUGGCACAGUUUUGUGUUAGAAAAGAAUGACUUCAUUCAAUUAGUUUACCAUAAAAGAAAAGUAUUCAUGAUAAGUCGAGAUUUCUUUCUCCGGGUGCUACGGUAUGUCUUUAACAUGUUUUUGUUGAAUUAAAACCAUGGAAGUACAAUUUCUCUUGGAAACAAUGAGCUGCAACUCCUCACGUGUUGAUGACGAGGUUCAGAAGAGACUGAUUUUGAUGUAUUUGUAAUUAUAUGCUGCAUAAACUUGGUUUUGUGAAUGUGUAUUGUAUUUUUUUGUGUCACAGCAAUUCAUUCAUUCAUUCACUCAUUUUCUACCGCUUUUCCGAACUACCUCGGGUC